AUGAUUCCUUCACGAGCAGUUCGAUCGCUACUGACUGCUCUCUUCAACGAAAUGUCUUUUCAUUUCUCGAAUUGGUUGCCGUAUUGUCGAGCAACGAACUGUUUUGGGCAGGCGACGAACGUUUUUGUGGUUGAGAAUUUCAUCGACAAAGCUAACAUUCGUUGCCCUCCCUCGUCCUCCCCUCACUGUUCAUCCGAACGUCAUCGUCAUCGUCUUGAAAUACAACCAUUAUCACGCAUGUUUCAGGAGGACAACGCUCGAGCAAACACAACCGAGAAAGCCGGAAGCGGUCCUGUCAACGCAAAGUGCGAGCUGACGCCGGCCGCCGCCAUCACCGUCGCCGCCGCAGCCGCUCGGCCAAAGCCGGAUUUUCUGCGAAUUUUUGAGGAAGAAAAAAAUUCGGCUACAUCUCAGGAGAUUUAUGUUUGUGCUGUUUGCGAGGAACCAGCACGUGGAUUUCAUUUCGGUGCUUUCACCUGUGAAGGAUGUAAGUCGUUCUUCGGACGGACUUGUCUCCGGAAGAAUCACGAACGUUUCGAAUGCAAAAAUGCAGGCCGGUGUGAUGUUGUCGGAUCGAAUAGGACCUCUUGUAAAGCUUGCCGCUAUAAGCGAUGUGUAAGCGUUGGUAUGUCUCCAUUAAAUUGUCGUGGAGUGACAUUCACCGGUGUGAUCGUACCGCAUGAAGGACAACCAAAUUGUCUUCUUGUUGGAUGCCGAGGCGAUUCGUGUGAUAUGAAUCAACGAGCUGAGUAUGCGGAUGGACUUAUCUCAGUGCUCAUCAACAGGACAAUGGUACCAAUCUGGGCUACACCACCACCGCCGCCACCAACACCGCCACCAACACCAUCGCCACCACCGCCACCACCGCCACCACGACGUAUCCGGACCCAACUACUACUACUACGGUAG